AUGGAAGUCUUUUCAGACGCACACACUGCCCGACUCUACUGCUCUGUAGCGUCUGUGGCCGGCGCCAUUGCAAUGGUUGCCGUGUCAUCAACGUCCGACGAGAGCACCACCUUCACUACCUGGCUCGCCAUGAUCACCGUGGGCGUCGAAAUGAUGCUCCUAGCGACGCAAACAAGCCACAAGUUCGUCCAUGUGUGGGCGGCCGCGGCCGCUGUUCUUUGGCUUGGUAAGUACCAAGGCACUACUGCUGCUAACCCCUUCCAAGCCGACGCCAUCUGCGUUUCUCGAGUGUCCGCCUCCCAUUGCGCCCUGGCGUGGUCCGAGUGGCUUCUCCUUACGGCGCGCUUCCUGUUGCUGGAGGCCGAGACGUUCAGGUUGCAAUUCCACCACCUCGCAAAAGCAGUCAUGUCAAAGCUCAGGCCGUGGUGGAACGCCAUCAAGGAGCCAUUCGUGCAGAUUGCCGCGUCCGUGGCUGUCCUGCUGUCGGGCGUGCUGGUGUCACUGGGAGCGUCGCUCGGGCUGCUGGCCACUGGGCUUUUCGGGGUAAUCGACCAGGCUUUAGGCCUUGUGGGUCUGGGUGGCAUGAGGGAAAAGGCUUUCCGCGGUCUGGGGUUGCAUAAGGUCGUCGACCGCGUGGAGGGAGUGUUGUCCACCCUGGGACUGAGUGGAGUGACGGCGGAAGACAAUGAGGAGCCUGAAACUGUGGGCAACACUGCGGGCAACACCGUGGGCAACACUGUGGGCAACACUGUGGGCAACACUGUGGGCAACACUGUGGGUGCAACAGUCAAUGGGGUCGGCGGUUUAGUUACAGGCCGAAAGUUGCUAUAG